AUGCUCAAUCCCAAGCAAAGCAGACGUCCGCAAAUCCAACCCUCCCUUCGCCUGAGAUGGACCAUUGUCCUCACUCGCCUCCUCUUCGAAACGACGAGUAUCAGCCUCCUCGCUGUAACUGUAUACAUUCGUCAGAAAUGGUAUCGCGAUAAUCCCAAUCAGCAGGUCAUACCUGCGAUUUGCGCGGCGUGUGUCGCGAUUGCGGCGGAUAUGUUGCUGCUGAUUUUCAUGGCCCACCUCCAUACUUUAUCAGGCAUGGGGCAUUGCCUUGAUGGGUUGGCGUUUAUAUUGUCCUUGGCUGGGGGAGUGACGCUGUAUUUGGCUAAUUAUACGUUGAUUAAUGGGCCGUAUGCGCCUGCGGAGUGGGAUGAGGCUGAGAAUAUUGCCAUUGUGAUUUGUGGUAUUGUUGUAAUCGAGAGAUUAUUUUCGUUUGUCAUGUCGGGUAUUUGGAGUAGGGCGAAGAGAAAGUUGAUGACUGAGAUGGAAGCCUCGAUUGGAGACAGUGAGGCGUUUGGUUAUGCGAAUAAGCUUGAUUCUGAAAGACCCGUGGCAAGAAUCGGCCCAAACUGGGUAGUCUGCGGCGAUGCCACUGAGCUGCGUCGCAUCUGGGCAGUAAGAUCUAGCUGGACGCGAUCAUGGUGGUAUCGCGGGAUGCGCAUAGAUCCCUACAGGGACAGCUCCUUUUCCACCGUCGAUGACAAGCUGCAUAAUGCUAUCCGGAACAAAUUGCUCCCCGGGUACGGCGGCAAAGACGUGGACAAUCUGCACCAGCACAUCGACGAGCAAGUUGCCAAUCUAGUCAGACUAAUCGACACAAAGUACAUAUCAACGGAUCAGAAGCACCACAAAACAGUUGAUCUAGCUCAAAAAGUGCAGUAUUUUGCGCUAGAUGUUAUAUCGACACUGGCAUUCGGCAAAACACUAGGCUAUCUGGCCGAGGAUCAAGACAAGUUUCGGUACAUUGAAACGACGAACCAGACCGUGUAUAUUCUGGUGUCGACUACGCUUAUACCCGGCAUGAUUAGUGUGUUGCAAUCCCCGUACCUGAAAUGGAUCAUGCCCCGUAUCGAAGACAUGGCCGGCAUUGGCAACGUGAUAAAGUUUGCCAAGGAGACUGUCGGCGAGCGGUACGGCAAGGAUCCCGUCGUCAAACAGGAUAUGCUGGGGUCGUUUGUGAAGCAUGGUUUGGAUCAAAAGGACAGUGAAACAGAGGCCCUGGUACAGCUUAUCGCUGGGUCAGACACAACUGCCACGGCAAUCCAAUCGACGAUGCUGUUCCUCAUGACUUCACCGCGGGUAUACGCGCGGCUACAAGCUGAAAUCGAUGACGAAAUCAAGAGUGGACACAUCUCGUCGCCCAUUACUGACGCCGAAGCACGCGGGUUUCCGUACUUGCAGGCCGUUAUCCUCGAGGGACUGAGGGUGUUUCCCCCCGCGGCAGCGUUAUAUCCCAAGGUAUCUACCAAGGAUGAAGUAUUAUGUGGUGUGCCCAUUCCUGCUGGCACAAAUGUCGCGUGGUCGCCUUGGUCAAUCAUGCGGAAUCAGGAUAUCUUCGGUGAAGACGCGGAUUUGUUUCGGCCGGAGCGCUGGCUGGAGGGUUCGGAAAACUCGAAGCUCAUGGAGCAAACUGUCAUGAUGGCGUUUGCGAGCGGCAGUCGCUGGGAGUGUCUCGGGAGGAAUAUCGCCAUGAUUGAAUUGAACAAGGUCUAUGUGGAGCUCCUCCGACGAUUUGACUUUACGCUGUUGAAUCCAAUGAAGCCGUGGAAGUCGUUCAACGCCGGGCUGUUCAGCCAGACUGAUCUAAAUGUUAGAAUUACCCGGAGGGCAAGCUAA